AUGCUUACCGAGCUACCGUUUAUUCUUCUUGGGAACGCGCUGUUUUCGGUAUUGGGAUCCCCAGAUCUCGUCCACCCAAUAUCUCCCGACGUCAGCCCUUCCCAUAUCCACAGCAUACUGUUGAGUCUUACCACUACCUACAAAGUUUUAGUGUCGUUCGAUCAAGGCCCUUUUGAAGUUACGGCUUCUGGAGAUUCGAAGGCUGUCACGCCCAUCGACGAGGCUUGGCGAAAACUCGAAGCGAUUAUCAAGUCGGUCUUCAAUGUUUCCAAGAUUAAGUCCGUAUAUGACAAACACAGUAUUGUCUUUGUCGACUGGGUUAUAAUCAGAGAUGACAAGACGGCCUCUAUCUUGGGCAAGAUCAAAUCGGGAUACACGCCGACUGUCUCAGCUUACGAAGAGAGGUUAAAGAAAAAGAAAAAAUGCCAAGGAAGCUCGGAUUCGAAAGCAACGGCGAGCAAUCCUGGUCUUGAUGUCGAUGAUUUAGAGGACAAGGUCAGCGUGCUUGACAGUGAGUUGGAUCAUUCCGUGGAGGAUACUGGGGAAUCUGCUGCCGUUACCAUGGAGGCGCAGCUUGCAGAGCACAAAACAUUCCCUGCACACGACCGUGUCGGCUGUGAAGACGAUAGCCACUAUUUGAGCCUAGUCAAUCUGGACCAAGACAAGCUCGUUUUCUGCUAUAGAUAA